AUGAGUUAUUGGAAGCACUUUGACAAUGCCGAUAAAAAAGGAAAUGAAAGUAAUCCGCUUUUUGAAACCAAAUUUUUGGAAAGCAUAGUCGAAAAAUACCAGCCAAAAAAUAUUUUUUCUAAUCUGCCCCAGCAAACUAAAUUUAGAGAAAGUAUACUUGAAAUUGAAAGUAAUCUUCACUUUUUAAGAAUAGGUUUUGAUUUAAAAUACAAGGGCAAUAAAAAAAUUGACUGGGUGGCUUCUUUGCAAGCUAAAAUUAAAAGCCGAGAUAAAAACCGAACUAAAACUCAACAAGAAGAGGACUUUACCAAAAUGACUAACUAUUUAGCAAGAGAACAUAUGUCUUUCAUAUGA